AUGGCGUCAAUCAUCCCCAAAUGCUUCUCAUUCAUCAUCGUCAUCAUCAACAUGAUGCUCUUUUCUCUAAUUUCAUCAACGCUAUCUCAGAGUCCUACAUACAUGGCGUUCGUCGUUAACGCAACAGCUCUUCCGCCGGAGGACUCCUUUGACUACAUAGUAGUCGGCGGUGGCACAGCAGGUUGCCCAUUGGCAGCGACGUUAUCAGUCAAUCACCGUGUCUUGCUUCUUGAAAGAGGCGGUGUUCCGCACAUCAACCCUACCAUCAUGAGACAAGAGGGUUUCAUCCCCACUCUCCGGCAAGUCGACCCAUUCCACUCCGCCGCCCAAGCAUUCACUUCCGAGGAAGGCGUUCCCAAUGCUCGUGGCCGGAUUCUUGGCGGCAGCAGCGCCAUUAACGCCGGAUUUUAUAGUCGAGCAGACGAUGAAUUUUAUGAUCGAUCGGGGAUCAAUUGGGAUCCGCUUUUGCUCGAGCGUUCUUAUCAAUGGGUUGAGAAAUCCAUCGUGUUUGAACCCCAGCUACAGUCGUGGCAAACUGCCCUUCGUGAUGGAUUAUUGGAAAUCGGUGUUCAACCUUAUAACGGAUUUACGUUAAAACACUCUCUUGGAACCAAGAUCGGUGGUUCUACCUUCAACAGCUCCGGCCAUAGACACAGCGCCGCUGAUCUUCUGAAUCUCGCUAGAGAAACAAAUAUCAAGAUCGCCGUCUAUGCAAGCGUUGAGAGGAUCUUAUUCGCUGCUUCAGAUUCUCCUGAGUCCAAGGAGAGCGCCAUCGGCGUUGUGAUUCGUGAUAGUGCUGGCUAUUUUCACCAUGCACUGCUAAGGGAGAAAGGAGAGGUCAUUCUCUCCGCCGGCGCCAUUGGUAGCCCCCACCUGCUUCUCUUGAGUGGCGUCGGACCACGCUCGUACCUUUCUUCUUGGGGGAUUCCGGUGGUAAAUCAUUCUCCGUUUGUUGGGGAGUUUCUGUAUGAUAAUCCACGAAACGGAAUAUCGUUUGUGUCACCUAAGCUACUGGAGCAUUCUCUCAUACAGGUGGUGGGCAUUACUGAUUCCGGUGCUUAUCUCGAAGCAUCAUCCAACGUUCUCCCUUUUCCUUCUCCUGUACACUCUAUCUUCAUGCGAUCUUCAUCUUCUCCGUUGUAUUUUAGUGUCGCCAGCAUCAUGGAGAAGACCAUCGGCCCUCUAUCUGCCGGAUCACUUCGUUUGGCGUCCACAGAAAUCAGAGUUAACCCAAACGUACGUUUUAACUACUUCAGCAACCCGGUGGAUUUGCAGAGAUGUGUAAACGGAACGCGUAAGGUUGGUGAGUUGCUUAGAAGCCAGGCGAUGUCUAGUUACAGGUUCCUGGGAUGGUCCGGUGCAGAGUUUAGAUUCAUGGGUCUGCCAUUGCCGGCAAACCAAACAAGCGAUGAGGAGAUGAGUGAUUUUUGCCGGCGGACAGUGAGCACAAUAUGGCACUACCAUGGCGGAUGCGUGGUGGGGAGGGUGGUGGAUCCAAAUUUGAAGGUCAUCGGUGUUGAUUCUCUUCGAGUAAUUGAUGGUUCCGUUUUCUCAAUUUCACCUGGCACCAAUCCACAGGCUACUGUUUUAAUGCUUGGGAGGCAUAUGGGUUUGAAGAUUUUGAUAGAAAGAAUGCAAAAGGCAAACACUUGA